GGAUAGUGGUAGAUGCAGAACUCAUUCUAUAUUUGAUACCUUUGUGCGCGUAUGCUACGGAACUGCUCAUUUGCGCUUGAGCCAUCGUCUCUGUACGUAUCCAAACGAACAACCCUGAGGGCUGGUAAUACUUGGCAUUCUCGGAUGCCCGGCACGCGUCGUUUCCCUCAGUCACAGAUGGGCCUUGGGAUGAGACGGCGCAGGAAGACUGCUUCGUCCCUGGCGGCGACUGGGAGGAGUUGGCAGAACGCGAACCACGACGUCGCCGCAACUUGAAAGUGAGGCAAUAUCAUGGAAUGCACAGAGGGACGCGUCCCACGGUAGCACUAGAAUGCGAUGCUGCCUUGUUCCGUGUGCAAUCGUCCUCUGCGGACCCUGGCCAACGAACGAACUGGCACCGGCCGUUG